AUGGAGAGCCAUGCCGACAAUCGACCAGUGGACGGCGAUGGCGAGACAGAAAACGCGCAGUGUCACCGUUGUAGGCGCGUCUUCACACGCCCGGAACAUCUAAAUCGCCAUUUGAGAGUCCAUACCCAUGAGAAGCCAUUCAUCUGCACGAAAUGCAAUAAAUCUUUUGCACGCCUAGAUGUUCUUCAGAGACACGAACUCACACAUACACGCACAAAUCCCUUAACUGCGGUGGAGCAAGUGUCAAUCAGAGCGUGCACAGAAUGUGCUUUUGCCCGCAUGCGUUGCUCAAGAGACUCGCCAUGCACGAGAUGUAAAAAAAGGCGUUUUGAUUGCGUCUACCCUGAGCCCAGGACACGGAAACCUCAGCCUGUGCCCCAGAAAGAGAAGAAGAGGAAGGGAAGGAAGAAGAAGAAUUCGAAUAUUCAGUCAGCCGAACCAUUACCCGCACAAGAUUUGGACGAAGCUGGGGAGGUUGAAAAUAAUACUCAGGGACCAGAGCUAUUGGCAACUGUAGCAAUGGAAACAGAGCCAUUUGGAACCGAGUCGGCGGAAACAGAGCCGGCAGAGCUCAUGGACGAGCCUGUGGACGAUGAGCCAAGAGAAACAGAGCUGGCUAUGAACGAUAGCGAAAUCAAUGAUGCCAACAAUCUUUCUUGGAAUAUCAAUGGUUCUAACGCUUUCACGGCUCCUCCAGCAGACGGAACUUGGCCACCUAAUGAUGAGUCGAUUGCUGUUGCACAACAACAACCAAUGAACCCAAUGCUCCAAAUCGAUGACAUAGGAAGUCUUCAAGAAGUAUCGGAUCUCACCAUGGCUAUCCCCAAUAUCAAUUGGCUCUCCGACAGUCAGUUUACUUCAUUAUGGGAGAAUCAAUUACCUAUCAUCCCCGAAGGCCUUGGGUCAAUGGCAUACACAUUUCCUUCUGAACCAAUCGGACCUAAUCCUGUCUCUUCUUGGGUCCCAGAACAGCCCUUGGACGUCAACAUGAGCAUCAAUGGCCCAAUGGAAACGCCAGCCAUCGAACUGGAUCAGACACGCUACCCAACAGUUGUGGAAAGCCCUUACGACGGGCACGCGAGUAGUAUCAACGGUUCUAAUGCAUCAUCCUCAAGCAAUGGGGCCCUCUACGUGGAUGGAACAGCAGCUAGAGCCCCAUUUCGUGGUCAACUACUCCCCCAGCAAGCCAGCUUACAGACCAAUCGUCCUGAACAGGACCCUCGCCUGCCCGAAGCAGAUGGGUCAGACUACAGUUAUCUAAAAUCCUUAGUGGCGAGUAUGCGAGAAUCCUCUGAUAAUACGUUUGUGCCAGAGGCUCUCUACUCCAAACUAUCGUCCGUGGUUCAGAAUGAGAUUGGGAUCGAUCCGUCACUUGAUUUAGACGUUCAGAUCCCCCCUCUGGAAAAUAUUAGGGCCUUUGUGCUGUUGUAUUACCAAUGCUUUCACCCGACGUAUCCGUUUCUACAGAAAAACUCCUCCAUCUGGCAAAUUUCAGACAACUGGAUCCUGUUACUAGCUGUAGCAACCACUGGCGCUCGGUAUGCUGGGAGUAGGUGGUCAUCGGUUAUGUCAGAACUUCUAGACAAGGGCUUGAAGCACAGGGUUGACUCCAUAAUCAAAGAAAACACCGGUAGUGCAAACGGUAUUUGGGUGCCUGGCAACUUUCAAUCAUAUGGCCGGAUGGACCUCCAAACACUUCAAGCAUCUAUUCUGAACAUAAUCUCUCGAAUUCAUAGCGGCCAAGAAGUCAUGAUGGACUGGGCUCUGUAUCAAAGGCUCGCUCUCGUAGAGGAAUGCAGGACAAUGGACCUACUUUCACAGACCCCACCACAAACUACUGACACACCAGUUCAAGAUGGCGAUGUAGCUGUCACGGCAUGGAUGCAAACUCAGUCAAAGUUGCGCACUGGCUUGAUGAUUUGGAACAUUCGGAUAGUCACGGUACUCGAGGCACUUCAUCUUCUUUACAUGGAAAAGCGGCAGCCAUCCAACUUAACGGAGUUUGGAAACAUUGUUCUGAUAUACGCAGUUUGUGCGAGGACCAAGGAAGCAGCCUACCAGUAUGGAACGGCCUUGUCACGAUGGACUCCAGUUGCUCAUGUUGAGCCACGAAGGGAAUCAGUUUCCGUGACUGAAACAUGGCCACCAACUCUUGAAAUGGUCACAAGAUGGAGAAAUAGUGCCUGUGACGCCUUUGAUAUCUUGCAUUGGAAAGCGAACGGCAAAGCAGCUAAUGCUGGUGGGACAGAGCACCCGACGAUUCUUCACCUCCACCUUUCCCGGUUGUACAUCUUGACACCUACGAAACAUUUUCAGAAGGUCGCUGCGUCUGCAGUCCUACGACAAAAUGUCAACGAGCUUCAAAACAAUAUGGAAUACUCGGAAGCAUGUAAUCACAUUCAACGUUGGGCCAACAUCGACCAGUAUAAGGCAAGGCUGUCCAUCAUCCAUGCUGGCGCUUUGCUGUGGCAUGUCCGUCGAUAUAGUAGCAACGACUUCAUAGAGCCCCAUGCCAUUUACCUUGCUACCCUCUCGAUAUGGGCUUACAGCGUGUUCAAUACUCCUAGGACCGAGUCCCAGCAACAACACGGUGAUGCAGUGUCAAGGUCGGCGCCAGCUUCAGGGGAUCGUGAAUCGCAGGGUUCGGUUGGAACUAAUGAGGUAGACAGCGAGGAGGAGCCAGAUCCGACGUUUAUCCAUCUUGAUCGUCCUUGUGAUGAUGAAAUGGUCCAAGUAUACAUAAGUCGAGGGCAUAAGAUUGCUGGCCACAUGCAACGAGUUGGCAAUAUCUGCAGCCCCAAUGCUCCACCGAAGAUUCUCAAAGAAGGUAUAAGGAUAUUAUCACAUGCAAGAGCCAAAAACAAGGAAUGGGGGAUCGAAGCUUCCUAUGUUAAGGGUUUGACAAGUCUGUUACAUGGUACCACUGCACAAGAAAACGGACGUGUAAGCGGAACGUGUGUACUCUAA